GAUCGUUCUUGCCCACACAACCCUGCCCCUCCACACUUCUGUUCUCUCCCUUCUGACCAUCCUGGGCCUGGAUUGCAGCUUUGUAAGGCUUCUGAGCAGGACCACAGAGUGCCUGGUGUUUUUGGUGUUUUGGCUGAAUCAAGCCCUUCCAACCCACCCAGCAGAGAGGCAAUUUGCCCCAUUUUACCAGCAUAUCCCUGGGUUUCUGGGCCUUCUGAAGAAGCCUAGUUUAAAGAAAGCAGGUUCUGAAGAAAAGUAAAGAUCACAAGGCCUGUAACAGACCCACAAAGUUCAGGUCCACAGACGUAGACUUCCAUAGUCCAUAAAGUUGAAGGGAGAAGAAAGAACCAGAGGAACACCAGCCCAGCCACUUUGGUUGAGACUACAGAGCAUUCUCACAGACGGACCCCAGAGAGCUGAGUUGGGAGUGUCCCAUGGAUUUAGUCAUGAAGUUGCCACAAACGAUGUGGAAGACUUUUACACUUUUCAUAAACAUGGCAAAAUCUCUCAAGCUGCUCAUCAGCCCAUCAUCUAAGUCCAUCUCUGACAAUGAGUUGUUCUACACCAGCCAGAACUCUUCCUCUCCAGAAGUCAUUGAGAAAAUUGGUAAGGCAGUGGCAGAGGGGGAUUUACAGAAAGUGGUGUGCAUAGUCAAAGAUGAAAUGCAGAGUAAGUCUAGAUACACAGUAAAGAUCGCUGUGACAGGGGACUCUGGCAAUGGCAUGUCAUCCUUCAUCAAUGCCCUUAGGCUCAUUGGGCAUGAAGAGGAGGAUUCAGCUCCCACUGGGGUGGUGAGGACCACCCAGAAACCAGCCUGUUACUCCUCCUCCCACUUUCCCGAUGUGGAGCUGUGGGACCUGCCUGGCUUAGGGGCCACAGCCCAGAGUGUGGAGAGCUACCUGGAUGAGCUGCAGAUCAGCACAUAUGAUCUUAUCAUCAUCAUCGCUUCUGAGCAGUUCAGCGCCAAUCAUGUGAAGCUGGCCAAAGCCAUGCAGAGGAUGAGAAAGAGGUUCUAUGUCGUCUGGACCAAGCUGGACAGGGACCUCAGCACAAGUACCUUCCCUGAACCCCAGCUGCUGCAGAAUAUCCAAAGGAAUAUCCAGGAGAAUCUCCAGAAGGGUCAGGUGAGGGAACCCCCGCUAUUCCUGGUAUCCUGCUUCAGUCCAUCUUUUCACGAUUUCCCAGAGGUUAGAAACACACUGCAAAGCGACUUCUUCAACAUCAGGUACAGAGAUCCCUUAGAGACCCUUUCUCAAGUCUGCGACAGGUGCAUCAGCAAUAAGGCGUCCUCUCUGAAGGAGGAUCAGAUGCUCAUGAAACAGCUGGAGGCACCUUUCCGCCCUGCAUCUGAUAUGGCUGACCUGGAGAGGGCUCUUGAAACCUACCAGAAGUUCUUUGGUGUGAAUGAUGAGUCAUUUCUGCGGGGAGCUCAGAGUACUGGGAGGCUGGAGGUGGGCUCCAGGGCCUUGCAAUUCCAGGACUUGCUCAAGAUGGAUAGGAGACUGAGGCUGAUGAUGUGUGUUGCUGUGAAAGUGUUCCUCGGUGUUCUUGGAAGCUCAUGGUGGUUUGGUUUGUGGAACUUCAUCAUCCAAUACUUCAGGCACCAGAGGCACAAGCUCGUCAUCGAAAUAGUUGCUGAGAACACCAAGGCCACCCUGAGGAGAGCUCUAAAGGACUCUACCCUCCCUCCUGAAAUCAUUUGGGAAGGGUCUGGCUUACCCUCAAGUGGAAUUCAGGCUGCCUCAGGGUCUUUUUGCUUAGAGCCCUAGCUAUUCACUAGAAAGUGAGGGUUGUAGCUUGCAAUAAUGCUUAAUAAUGCUUAAAAGUGCAAGAAUUUGCUGAGACAGUGAGCCAGGCUUUCCUAGUUCAGUUCCUAGAUUGUUAUGCUUUCAGUCUUCAUUGUGAUGAGUGUUUAAAUUUAAUCUUUUUGGGGCUGGAGAGAUGGCUCAGCGGUUAAGAGCACUGACUGCUCUUCUGAAGGUCCUGAGUUCAAAUCCCAGCACCCAUAUGGUGGCUCACAACCAUCCGUAAUGGGAUCUGAUGCCCUCUUCUGGGGUGUCUGAAGACAGCUUCAGUGUACUUACAAAUAAUAAAUAAAUAAAUCUAAGUUAAAUCUCUUUCUCCCUAAAACAUUAAAGCUGCCUUCAUCAA